UGACAGGAAACUCAGAUGGAACCCUGAUGACUAUCUGGGUAUUACGAUCAUCCGAGUCCCUUCUGACAGGAUCUGGCUACCUGAUUGUACUGUAUGAUAACUCUGAUGGGCGUUUUGAGGGCACUGUCACCAAAGCUGUUGUUAAAUAUGAUGGAACCAUAUCAUGGACUCCACCUGCCAAUUACAAGUCAGCAUGUACCAUUGAUGUCACCUUCUUCCCUUUUGACCUCCAGAAUUGUUCAAUGAAGUUUGGCUCCUGGACAUAUGAUGGCUCCCAGGUGGACAUAAUUCUGGAGGACUUCCAUGUGGACAAGAAGGACUAUUUUGACAACGGUGAAUGGGAAAUAGUGAAGGCCACAGGCAGUCGUGGUCUGAGGACAGAUGGCAGCGCCUCUUAUCCCACCAUCACGUACUUCUUCAUCAUCCGCAGGUUGCCUCUUUUCUACACCCUCUUCCUUAUCAUCCCCUGCAUUGGCCUGUCCUUCCUCACCAUCCUUGUCUUCUAUCUGCCCUCAAAUGGUGGCGAGAAGAUCUCUCUCUGUACCUCAGUUCUGGUGUCGCUCACAGUUUUCCUCCUGGUCAUUGAGGAGAUCAUACCUUCCUCUUCAAAGGCAAUCCCUCUAAUCGGGGAGUACCUGGUCUUCACUAUGAUCUUCGUCACACUCUCCAUCAUCAUCACCGUCUUUGCCAUCAACAUCCACCAUCGCUCCUCCUCUACACAUCACGGCAUGGCACCCUGGGUGAGGAGGAUCUUCCUGCAUCGACUGCCUAAGCUGCUAUGUAUGCGCAGCCAUGCAGACCGUUAUGCCCCAGCUGGAGUAACCAGAGCAGGAGGCGCAGGAGGACAGGAUAUGAUGAAGGACUCGAAACCUGAACUGACACCUCUGCUAUACACCAGACACAACCUACAGGCAGCUUUGGAUUCUAUUCGCUACAUAACCAUGCAUGUGGUGAAAGAAAAUGAGGUCAGAGAGGUGGUUCAAGACUGGAAAUUUGUAGCCCAGGUCCUGGAUCGAAUGUUUCUUUGGGCCUUCCUCCUGGUGUCCAUCCUGGGCUCUGCUCUCCUCUUCAUCCCAGUUAUUUACAAAUGGGCCAACAUCAUCGUCCCUAACCAUGCUGGAAGUACACUGUAAGAGCCACAGUUCAACUAGCCAAAAAUGGAGGCAAAGCACAUUAAAAGCUUGUUAUGGGUCUUAUUUGAGAUUUGAAAGACUAUACUGUGAUUACCACUCAGAUGCGUCCCUGCUCUGCGUAUCCACAGUCAUUCUGUAAACCACAGCUGUG